UUCUUGAUAGUAGGGGCAGGAAGGAGGGUGGGUGCAGAAAACAGGGAGGAGGAAAAAACAGGAAAAGAAUUACAUGCCACUGUGUCUGAAUAUAUCUUCUAUUUGUAGACAGUUAAAUCCAAUUGCACUUUUGCCUUUUAUUUCCGUUUUUGGACACCUCUUCAUCUAGCCAACAGGCAUGAAGAAAGCACUGUUGGUGCCCGAAGCGACAGAACUCUAGUAGGGGCUGGCUGUAAAUUGACGUGGCAUAGAAGUUGUCCGCUAAGUUGCAGCAGCUUGCUUGUUUCUCUUAAGAUCAAGCCCAGUCUCCCGGAGCUGUAGCUUAAUCAUGGGCUCGACAACUUUACAGAAAAAUGGAUAGAAAAAGUCUUCAGCUCCUGUCUUUGGACUCAAAAGUUUCCUUUUGGGAUUUUGCCAUGGGGUGCGGACUUAGAAAGCUAGAAGACCCUGAUGAUAGCAGCCCUGGAAAAAUAUUUUCUACCCUGAAGAGACCACAAGUGGAAACAAAGACAGAAUUUGCUUACGAAUAUGUAUUGCUGGAUUUUACAUUACAAGCUUCAUCAAACCCAGGAGUCAUCAAGAUAAAUUCAAUUCUGGAUAUAGUAACAAAAGUGGAAGACUAUUAUCUUAAAGGAUAUAUUGUUGGAGCUAUUCAUCCUGUUAUACAAGCUUUGGGGCAGCGAAAACACCUAUCAGCAAGUUACCUGUACAGGGUGGUGUUGUCGCGCUUGAAAUUAAACCCAAAGCACCCUGCAGCACUCGGGGGACAAAGACACCCAAGGCUUGUGAUAGAGGAAUGUCCCUUAACUUAUGAGAUGCCAACAAAUGACACAGCAAAAGAACUCAUAGAAAAGAUUAAUGUAGCUGCUAAAAGAGGAAUGAAGUUUGUUGGAUUCAUAUCACAGCAUUGUCCUCCAUCUAAAUUCUGCAAUGGAACCAACCAUGAUGGAGAUACAGAAUCAGAAUCAACACUAUAUGUAAGACACAGUUCAGAUGAAAACUGUAAAAGCUGGAAUGAAGGAACAUUAAGUGGGCAGUCAUCUGAAAGUGGAAUUGAAGAAGAACUUCAUCAUGAAAGUGGACAGUGCCAAAUGGGAGGAGAUGGAAGCCCCAGUUCCUCCAAAUCAAGAAAGGGAGAAGAAUACAAGUUGUAUACAAUCUUCAAUGUGUUUGAUGAUGAAUCAACCUGCUGGACCUAUCAAGAAGGCAUACUGUCAAUGAAAGUAACAAGAAAAGGAUCUGUCAUUAACACACUUGAUGCUGAUUGGUUGGAGUUAACUACAUUUUAUUAUAAGCAAGGCUUAUCUUUAAUUGAUUCUUUUGUAUGCUGGGAAACAUCUAAAGGGGACCAUUUGCCCAAAUCUUUGGAAGGAUUAUUUAUCUAUGAAGAAGAAGGUUCUGGACUUCCAGGUUCUAGUAGGAAAGAAAAUGAUGCCAUCGUGGUAGAACAGUGGACUGUUAUUGAGGGCUGUGAAAUCAAAACGGAUUAUGGCCCUCUGCUGCAUACUCUGGCGGAGUUUGGAUGGCUUCUGACAAGCGUAUUGCCUACACCCAUAUUGAGACAUGACAGUGAAGGGAAUUUGGCUACAAAGCAGGUUGUGUUCCUUCAGAGGCCAGUUAUGGGGAAUGCAACUGCUCAAACACCAGAGAGGAAAUCCAGCCGGCAUAUAAAAGGUGAAGACAAGAACAAAGUGACCAGCAGAAGUGUUGGAUUAGAUACUGCCAUGUCACAACCUACAGAGAGCAGACACCCUCGUGAGGUGUGCCUUCUCUCUCCUUCGAGAGAAUGUUGGAUGAAGGAGGGGAGGCCAACACACUACAGCAGCUUUUCUGGGUUCAGCAGUAGUGACAGUGUCCUACGGGAAUUAGACGAUGGACAGUUUGAUCAGGAGGAUGGAGUAACUCAGGUCACUUGCAUGUGAGCAAAGAGGUAAAGCAAUGGGAGACCCUGUAAAUAAUUAUUAAAAUAAUUACCAAUGACUUUACUGUAUUACUUUAUCUGCAUUUAUGUAAUGCUUUGAAUUUUUCCAGACUCAGACUUUCCUCUAAUCUACUUAAACUUUGGCUCAACCUCCUAGACAAGGAAGAAUAACCAGUAUAUUUGUAAAUAUGGACUCAUGUUUACACUUCUCUCAACUAAAACUGCUGUUUAAAUAGCUAUCCCAUUAGUUUAUUAAGCAAUAAUCCACUUCAGUGUCUCAUGAAUGUACAAAGUAUGGUUUUCUUAUAAUUCCUGGUAAAAGACUGAAUAUCUCAACCAGUAUUUUACCUAAUUAGAGGGUUCUCAGGAAGUUACAGAGUCUUACUUAAACUGAAAAACAAUUUCAAUCAUCUCUCGCUCAAGCGCUGGCUCUCGCUCUCUCUCGCUCACACACACACACACACCCAGAACUACAUGUAAGUAAAGGCCUAAUUAAUGAAAAUAAGUAGCUAUUUCCUUAAUAUAAUAAUUGUGUCUUUAACUAUGGCAUGUAUAUACAAAGUGAGCCCCGAUUUGUUAAAAUAUUCUUUGAAAAACAUAAUGCUUUUUGUAUGUCUUUGCUUUUAAAGGGUAACCAUGUUACCAGCCCUGUACUGAUUCACUGAGUUUAAGCUUUUUUGCACCUAAUAGCCUGGAAAUAAAGAAAGCAGUAUCGCUUAAAAUUCAAUAUGAAAGGAACCCACAAUAUCAAAGUUUAAAAAACUUAGUAGACAGAAUUAAUUUUCUUUCUCUUAAUUUGUGAAUAAUAUGAAGAGGAAAAACACCAACUUUAAGUGGAAACUGAAGUCUUUCAAUUUAUGUAUAUUUCAGUUAUGCUUUUAUUUUGACUUGGUAAGUCCCAAAGAAUGUUGAAGCCCUGAAUUCUGAGUCCUGCAGGAGUAGAGAGAUGCUCAUGGCACACGUGAUGUAUACAAUGUCCCACCUGCUCCAUUUCUGCUUUUCUUGCACCUGCUAGUAGAGAUGCCUUUGCCAUGACCUUGUUCCAGCCUUCAACAGGUAAAGGUUAAAAUUCUUCAAAAUAUAGGGUUUUCCUUUAUCUAUGAAAGGAUUACUUUGAAAGGUGGGAAACUUCAAGUGAAUUCCAACUGAUUAUACCAUUGAUAAAUUCAGCCUAUUACAUAUUUUUAUUCACAUUAGUGUUGACAUUAUAAUUUGAAUAAUAAAAUGUCAUUUGUUA